ACCAGAUCGCCCAGGACAGGUCGGUGGGCCAAGGCGGAUGCCAGAGGAGAUUUUUAUAAGUUCUCACACCUUCGAGGGGAGGGGAGCAAAAGUUAGAAACACAAGUCGGUUGAUUUUCAGGCUGUGCUGUGGUGGCUCCGGAUUCCAGAUUUUAGCAAAGGGCGGAGCUUCUCGGAAAACGAAAGAAGGAGGGGCUGGCAGGAGACUUAGGGGAAGUAGGAAGCUCGACGGGCGAGCGCUCCGGACAGCACCGGGGCCCAGGGCUGCCUGCCAUGUCUGCGGGAGGCCCCCGCGUGGGAUCCGUGUCCGUGGACUCCUCCAUGUUCUCCAUACCCUUGGUCGCGCUCAACGUGGGAGUAAGGCGCCGCCUCUCACUGUUCUUGAACGUGAGGACAACCGUGGCAGCCGACUGGACUGUGCUGGCUGAGGAGAUGGGCUUCGAGUACUUGGAGAUCCGAGAGCUAGAGACGCGCCCCGACCCCACUCGCAGCUUGUUGGAUGCCUGGCAGGGGCGCUCUGGCGCGUCGGUCGGCAGGCUGCUAGAGAUGCUGGCCUUGUUAGACCGUGAGGAUAUACUGGAGGAGCUGAAGCAUCGCAUCGAGGAGGACUGCCGGAAGUACUUAGAGAAGCUGCGGAGCCAGGAGUCGGAGAAGCCCUUACAGGUGGCCAGAGUGGAAAGCAGUUUCCCGCAAACGGAGGAGCUGGGAGGCAUCACCACCCUUGAUGACCCUCUGGGACAAAGGCCGGAGCUUUUCGACGCCUUCAUCUGCUACUGCCCCAACGAUAUUGAGUUUGUGAAGGAGAUGAUCCAGCAGCUAGAACAGACAGACUAUCGGCUCAAGUUGUGUGUGUCCGACCGUGACGUCCUGCCGGGCACCUGUGUCUGGUCCAUUGCCAGCGAGCUGAUUGAGAAAAGGUGUCGCCGCAUGGUGGUGGUUGUUUCUGAUGAUUAUCUACAGAGCAAGGAAUGUGACUUCCAGACCAAGUUUGCUCUCAGCCUGUCUCCAGGUGUCCAACAGAAGCGACUGAUUCCUAUCAAAUACAAGUCGAUGAAGAAGGACUUUCCCAGCAUCCUGCGGUUCAUCACUAUAUGCGACUAUACCAACCCUUGCACCAAGUCCUGGUUCUGGACCCGCCUUGCCAAGGCUUUGUCCCUGCCCUGAAGGUGACCCCGGGAGGCCUCGGGCAGAGGGGAAGAUGAGCUGACUUAGAGCCGGAUUCUCUGAUGCUCUCCUGUCUGCACCCAAAUUAGUGAUGAGCGGCCUGAGCACCUGGGACUGCCUUUCCUCCCACUCACCCAUGCCUGUGCACGCAUCUCGGUACACACAUGCCUCUUUGUACACACAUGUCUGCCUACAUGUGUUUCCUUUGGGACAGCUCCCAAGAAUAACUGAGUGGAAGAGUUUUGCCAUCAAGGGGGCCUGGCCAUCUCCCUGGACAAAGAUGGCGGCCUUUGCUACAGGUAGUGCCACAUGCCUAUAGUUACAGCAUUUUGGAGGUAGAAGCAGGAAAAUUAAGAGUUCAAGGUUAUCCUUGGCUACACACCAAGUUUAAGGUCAGCCUUGGCUACAUGAGAGCCUAUUUCCUCGCCCCCCCCC